AUGCUCAGCAUAGACCACAGCGCCUACCCACACCUCAUCGAUCUGAUCCUCUCGCAUGCCGAUGCGCAUGCGCUCAACGCCUUCCGGACAGCCUCGCACGCCGCGCUCGCACAAGUGGAGGCGAUCUACGCGCGACGCACGCGACUCGUCGUACCCCACACCGGUCGGGACGGAUGUGUGGUCUUCCCAUGCCGCCGGUCACUCCGCUCCCUCACGGGACCCGAGAUGACCGCGCUCGCGGCGGGGUCUAGCGUACCCGGUAUGCGGCGGCGGUACUCUGCCAUACGCGUCUUGGAUUUGGGGAAUCGCCUCGACCUCCGCACUUCGCGGUGCGCUCUCCGCGUCCUCCUUGAUGGUGUACACACGAUCCGGAUAGUAGGCGACCUGAACGCUCCCCUCCCUUUCUCGCCUACUACCAUUAUAGUGGCUGCCGACUUAGGUCGCCCAGAACCCUUCCGCGGCUGGCUCCUCUCCGACUCCCUCGUGAUCAACUAUGCAGCUGGUACGGGGGGAGGGCUUGCGUUAGCAUUCUUCCCACCGAGCGGAUACUAUGGACCGUCGGCCCUAACCCUCCUCUUUACUCGCUGCCUUCGGGUGGAGAUGGAGUCCAUGCCGCACGGCGCGCGUCUCGGCUCGCGGCUCAUGGGCGAUCUCGCGAGGGUCGUUUGCGAUGGACACUCGGUGACCCUCGUGGACUGGGGGAAUGUCGCUGCCCUCUUUCCACGUGGGACGAGAGCCGAGGACGUCGAGGUCCUGCGUACUUGGGGCGGGCAAGAGCAUAAGGCCGCUCGGAGGAGGGAAUGCCUCCGCAGCCUUGCAAGGCUGGCUUUCGAGCCUGGGAAGGGUGAAGAAAAGAUCCGCUGCUUUAGCGCGGAGGAGUAUCGGCGCCAGAUUGGGGAGGAGAGGUACGCCGAUUAUACGGUUGGACUGGGCGGCGCAGAGCACUUCACCAAGUAG